AUGUGCCUGGCAGGAAUCGUGGUCCAAGCACAGGACAACGGGUGGAUGGACGAGACCGUUGUGCAGACCUGGCUGUCCAAGGAGGUGCUGCCCCAUCUGAACCCCCAGCGCGGCCAGAACGCAAGGCGGGCGAUGCUGGUGUUGGACUCCUACCGCGGUCACAUCACCCAGACCAUGCUUCAGUCGUACCGCACGCACAGCAUCACCCGUGCAGUCAUCCCAGCGGGUUGUACGAGCCAGAUUCAACCCCUGGACGUCUCCAUCAACCGGUGCUUCAAGGCUGCUGUGCGAGCGUGCUACGCCAGGUGGUUCAUGCGUGAAAGGAUUCACCUAAAGACGAAGAAGGGGAACCUGCGGAGGCCUCCGCACCCCGUGGUGCUGCAGUGGAUCGCGGAGGCUUGGGAUCAAGUCCCCAAGCAGAUCAUCAUCGACGCGUUCCGCCACUGUGGGAUCUCGAGCAAGCUGGACGGAACAGAGAACCACCUGGUGAUGUCUCACCUGCGCGCCAGGAGCACCACCGAUGUCUCCGCGGACAUGUCUCUCGGGGGGACCACAGGCGACAACACGCGCCUGCUCGGUUGGGCUCCAGAGGAGGAGGAGGAGGCGAUGCAGGCGGAGGGCGUGCGGGAGGUGGCCGUGGCAACCGGCCUGGAGGUGCUGUACCAGGAGACCCCCAACUACCGUGGAGCGGCGGCCGAGGCUGACCGCAUGAUCGAGCCUAGGGAGACGGCUAGGCAUGCCUGGCGAGUGCCAGACCUGGGUGUAGAGCCUGAUGUUAGUGCAGGUGAGGAGGCGGUGACUGAGGGGGGUUAG